GCUUCGCUUGGAAUAAACGAACACCAUGAAAAUAUUAUAAUAAAUUACUUGCGGUUUUCAAAGUAUCAAAAAGGACUGAGGUUGAAAUCAGUUGAUGCCAGUUUCUCUGAUAUGGAAUCAAGCAGACUGCAAGAGGACACUUACACCAUUGAUGAGGUGAAGGAGAUCAUUGAAUGUCUCAACACGUUAGUGAGGGCAGAUGUGGAAACAGAACUGAUCCACACAUCACACACUGUUGUCCUCAUGUUGGUCCAACUCUUCCAACAAGCUGAAAAGUGGCACCUGAAACUGCAGCCAGACAUUUCUGAACUUGAAAACAGGCAAUAUUUGUUGGAAAAGAUAAAACAAUUUGAAGAGAAAACAAGUCGAGGAGAUGGUGAACCAAAACCUGCUGCUCGACUUGAACCUAUGAACGAGUCUGGAACAUCUGCUUUGCUGAAAAUGGAAAUUGAGAAAUUGAAUGAACUGAAUUCAAAACUGAAAGAGAAGUUGAAGUUCAUGGAAGACCAGGCCAUCCAAUCUAAGAAGGAUAACUCCCAAUUGAAAUCUGAUCUCGAAGAUGCAAUCCACGCAAUGAUUGCCAAAAAAGAUCAAAAAAAUAUAUAUACAAGCAAAAUGGAAACUCAUUUUAACGAAUUUUUUGUGAAAUUCACUCAACUUGUUGUUCAGAAAUCGCAGAUGACGAGCAAUCAAGUCAGUGAGAUGCAGUCUGAUCUCGCAAAAACAAAACACCAACUUCUUGAAGUCAAUGAAAUGCUCGAAAUGGCUGAAAAGGAACUGGAGAAAAAAGUCAGUCAAACGACUCCGUUCAAAAAUUUGAAAACCAUGGUACAAAAGAAGAACGAACAAAUCAAGGAGUUGAGGAAAAAGUUAUCAAAGUAUAUUACGGUUGAUUUUUUUUUCAACUUUUUCAUCAAAAUAUUAUCGAAACGAACAAACCUCGUCAGUUAA